GUUUCCAACAAGUGCAGUUAUCUGGGAGCAACGUUUGGGACAAAUGACAAAGAAUGCGCUCGUCUCCUCCCGGGCAUCCUGCCGACGCAAACUGGAAUAUAUUUCGAUAAUCCUCUGGAAGAGCAACUUUUGCAGAGCACGCCGGCACGCAGCGCGGCGCGGCCUGCACGCUACGGACCGGCAUGCUGCAACGACGGCCCGGGGUGAACACAAUGACGUAAAAAUGAAUUCCUUACGACCAACUCCUGGAAGCUAGCGUUAAUAUUUUUUCUGGCCACGGAAGUCGUCGUGCCUUCCAGUGACUGCAAUCAGGGAAGCUUUGGAUGGGAUUGCUUUGAAUUCCUAAGCAUGCUGGUGUGCAGUUCUGCUCAGCUCAGGUGACAACCUAGAAAACGUUCCAUUGAUGGGAAAAAUAUUGGGGGAUGCAGUCGUUGUCCUUUUUAAUUGUGGAAUGUCUCGUUGCGUUAAGUGAGCAAGUCAAACUGUGCCUCAUGUGUUGGUCAUUGACACUCAUUAUAUACUUCAUGUCAACCCGUAUUAAAAAAAGCUGUUGUGGCCUUAUGGAACAUUCCUUGGAGAGCUGGUUUUACUUAUCUCUGACAGCAUGCAUUUUCAAAGAUUUCCAUACGCAUGUGUGUGUGUGUUGAACAGGAAGUGCCGAGUCUUCUUAGGAGAAUUUUGCAGAUUGUAAAUCACACCAGUCACAAUGGCAGUGUAUUGUGUUACACGGCGGAGAAAAAAGAAAUAAAAAAUGUCUGCCAUGCUCAUCCAGAUGUUACCUUCAGAUCUUCUGCAUAUCACAGCUGUCACUGAAUCUGGAUGGAAAGUUAGGAUCCUUUUUUAAGUGCUGCAAAGGGCAAAUUGGUUGAUUGAUUGCAUUAAGUGAUACUCCACAAUGCAAAUUUAUUCAGCAAACUCACGGUCCAAUGAUAUAGAUAACAUUCAAAGCAAAAUAAUUAAAAUAUUUAAUAUUUAUUAUAGAUAUUAUAGAUAUUUAUAUUAGUAUUAUUAUAUUAUUUAUUUAUUUUUUAUUAUAUUUCCAUUUAUUCAGCAGACUCAUGCUAGAUAUAAAAUACAGAGCAAAAUAAUUAAAAUAUUUCAAAGAGAAUAAAUACAUCCAAUUCAAAAGUACCUAUAAUGUAAAAUAAUAAUUCAUUCAUUAAAAAAAGUGAAUGUUGACAUUCACCGAAGACGUGGAAUAUUCAAAGCAUCAUCAUCAUCAUCAUCAUCAGACAGUUUAUCAGUGAUGACAAGACAUGUCCCAGGUACUUCGUUUUACAGGCGAGAAAAAACAUUUGCCCUGACAGUUAAAAGGAUGGCAAAACGUUCUGCAGAUGAUGACAUCCCUCUUUUUGCCUUUAACACACAUUACCUCCUGGAUUUUAUUUUUUCAUGAUUUCUAAUUAAGAAAACAACACCAAAGCUCACAUCACUCGCACACUGCUGUGCCGCUGUGAUAAUAAUUAUGUUCCAAAACAAAUUUUCCCAAACAUGUACGAACUUCAGCUUUGACCAAAGCUGCAAUUUGUGGUUCCGCUCAAGCAGCUUUGCUUGGCUUUUCUUCUCAUUUUGGCGUUCUGAAUGUGCAUGCAUUGAUGGAGUUGGCAGAUGGGUUUUUUUUUAUUAGUCGGUCUCAUUGUACUGAAAAGCAAAACUGACAAUCAAACGUAGAGACCAAGGUCAAAAAGAAGAAAAAUCCCCUGGGGAACAAAAGACAAACCAUUUGCUAUUGCAACAAAUUGAGAUUUACAAAAUCUUAUUUUGUUAUUGUUGUCUCUUCUCCAUCUCCGCAGACAAUCUGACGUCAAUUAAAGGAUUCACAUCCAUUACGGAAGAUUGGAGUGGUUCGAGGAAUUGAAUGCUCCUGGAUACUGGCAAUUUGACUGGGUCGAUGCCACCCUCUCUGUAUAAUGCGAAAAGAAUUGCACAUACUGAAUACAUAAGCAUCGGGCAGGCCAACGAGGCGAGGUGGGCUGGACGGGGGCCACAUGGCAGGAGCCCCAAGUGCAGCACGCAGCUUCAUUCGCAUCCUCUAGGUGCCGCGGUGAGGCGCUUCCGUUCCCAAGCGGACUCUGAAAAGGUGGUGUGCCCAUGAGGUCGUCUAUGCUGGUCCUGUUGCUUUUCUUCAGUGCCCAGGCCGUGGCCUCCUUUGGGGAGAAGUCAGGCACCUCCAACGCACAACGGCGGGACACAAACGCUGCCGCCGCCCCGCGAGUGGACACCAAAGUCUUCAACAGGCGGCGCAGGCUCUCCCCCAGGGUGCUGUUCAGCGCCGGGCCGCCCGACGGUGAUCCCGCCGGGUCCCACGGCGAGCGCAGGAGCCGGCGGCGAGCGGGCCAGCCCCAGCACCGAGGCGUGUACUCAGUAUGUGAGAGCAUCAGCGUGUGGGUGGGCAACAAAACAAAGGCCACGGACAUUUCUGGCAACGAGGUGACGGUGCUGCCGGACGUCAACAUCAACAACGUCAACAAGAAGCAGUACUUCUUCGAGACCACGUGUCACAGCUCCCACGAAGGCAACUCGGGCUGCUUGGGCAUCGACGCCCGACACUGGAACUCCCACUGCACCAACUCGCACACGUUUGUGCGGGCGUUGACGUCUUUUAAGAACCUGGUGGCGUGGCGGCUCAUACGCAUCAACGUGGCCUGCGUGUGCGUGCUCAGCCGCAAGUCGUGGCGACAAUGACCAGGCCGAAAGAAAGGACUUCUGCACAGAGUAAAUUAUUAGUAUUUUGCCAAAUUCCAGAGACCGCAUGAAAUGCGGAUAACGGCAGGCCUGGGUCAAAAAACGGAUUCCCAACCCGUCAAAAUUUUGCAAAAUUUAGGAUGCCUCAUUCAAACAGACACUUGCAAAAAUCUUCAGAUCACUAACUGGGUUGUUCAAUUUUAGGCUUGCUGAGUGGAGAAGUACUCCAAAGAUCUAUUUGUGUAAUAAGCGUAUAUAUGCCCUCUGGCAUCCGUGCUGGAGCAAGAAUAUUUCAGAACAAAUAGAAACACUCUGCAAGGUGAUUAAUUGACUUCUCUGUUCAAAAGGAAGGAAAAGAAUUGGCCAAGGAAAUCUACUACAUACUGAGAGAUUGCGAUUAUGCAAAAAUUUCAAAUGCCAUUCCAUCUGCCGGCUGCGUAUAAAAAUGGUUGGGAAUAAUCGAAUGACGCAGAGUGUAAAACAAAAUGCAGCCAGAGAAGAGACUAUCCUCGGAACAGCAGGUUUAAACUUGUCAUGCAGGCAGCCAAGCGAACAGCACAGCCCUCCACACCAUAACACAAGCAUACUGCAAGUGUCUUGUUUUUUGCGACUUGACCCAGGUCUGAUAUGAGGGAAACAUGUUCAAUAUAGUGUUUAUUAUUUAUUAAACAUGUACAUUAUA